CUCAGAAGUUCUGCUCCCAUCUUUGUAGACUGAACACUUUGGCAAUUGCCGUCGAUCUUUGAUCAUAUUUUGCCAAAAACAAGUCACAUGCUCAUUUCUUUGCUCUUCUCCAGAAAUUUUUAUUUUUCAAAGGUCGAAAUAUAAGUCUUCAUUUUGAUUCUUUUAAUACAUAGGUAUAGUUAAUUAUCUCCCCGAUUUUCACAUCAUGCCAAACGAAUUGACCUUUGCAGACUUUCCUAUUUUAAGUAGGAGUGCAGUGAAAAUUAAGGACAAGGAUGGGGUGAUAAGAAAAAUAAACAACAUCAUACAAGGAGGUCCUGCAAAACUACAAGUUGUUACGGAUUUUGACCUCACUUUAACCAAACAACAUGUCAAUGGAAAGAAUCACCUUAGUAGUUUUGGCAUAUUCGCAAAAUGCAAGCAGCUGCCAGCAAACUAUGAGGAGAUGGACAUUGAAACAACUAGAAAAUUUGUAAAAAUUGAGAAAGAUCCUGAAAUACCUUUAGAAAUAAAAAUUAAUGCUAUGGUAGAAUGGAUGGAGAUUAGCGAACAGUAUUUAACGGGAUACGAAUUCGAUCCUACGGAAUUGGAGGAAGUGGCUGAAAAAUAUGGUACGGAUUUGAGAGACGGUACGAAAAGCCUGAUGGAGAGGCUUAACGCGGCCAACGUUCCAGUGCUGGUUUUCUCUGCGGGACUUGGAGACAUGGUGGAGGCAAUUUUAAAGCAUAAUGGCGUUCUCCUUCCAAACGUAGAAUUAAUCUCAAAUUUUUUAAAAUACUCUGGUAAAAAGUUAGAUGGCUUCAAUGGGAAAAAAAUUCAUGUUUUCAAUAAAAAUGAAACCAGUUUAGACCCGGAACAUCUCAGGCGGUUGGAAAGCAGAAAAAAUAUUUUGUUGAUGGGUGAUAGCCUUGGAGAUACAACAAUGACCAAUGGCAUUCAAGAUAUAGAAAAUGUUUUCAAAAUCGGCUUUUUAUACAACAAGGACAAUGAAAUUGUUCGAAAAAGCUUAGAUGCGUACAUGGAUUCGUUCGACGUUGUCUUAAUAGAUGACCAAACUAUGGACCUUCCGUUAGCAAUACUGGAAAGGAUUGUUUAAUUUUUAGAAGAAAAAACUAAUUUCAAACACAUUUCUUUGAUGUACUAAAUUUUACUUUCUGUUCUUUCCCGCACUAACCCUUAAGCGGCACAAUGUUGCGACGGCGCACCAGAAUUUUUUAAAAUUUUGUUAGCAUUUACGCAGGGACAACUGCAGUGGCUUUUCCUCACAAUAUAUUAAAUAUAUAUGCUAAAUAUGCAUAAUAUAUGCUAGAUGGUUAUUCUAUGUUCAAUAUAUUCAAUAUUAAAAUCACCAAAAACCCCAUUCGCACCAGUAUGCCGUUUAUGGGUGUUCGGGUAGAGUAAAUGUUAAGGGUUAACUACAUGAGGGUUAACCCGCAUGAGGGUUAAAUACAUUUGAGUUGUCGAGAAUCAUAAGGGGCUAACCCGCGAAGUUUUAAAAAUUCACUUAUUUGCCUUUUAUAUUGUCCAAUCUGUCCUACGUGUCAUGCUGUCGUCAGAAUGUGAAAAAAUGGAAUCUUACUAUUUUUAAUAAAAUAACAAAGUUCCUCAAAAGGCCAUCCCUAAGACAUACUUCUUGAAAAGUUUCUCCGUUCUUCUGACAAAUUUUCCGAAGAAUGGUUAGCCCCUUAUGGCUCCCGACUAUUUAUAUAUAUCCAUCGUUGAUCGACUGCCGCAAAUCUUUCCUGAAGAGAAAGAUCUUCUUACGAACUCGUUUUGUAAUCGCACAAUAAUACUGCCAUGAGUGAUACAUUUUUCUUUCUAUGAAAUUUCUGGCAAAUUUUUGUAUUAAUGCUAAUUAAUUUGAUUCUUAUUAAUUAUUAGUAGCUGUUUUAUUUUAUUUCCUAUUUUGUACAAAUGCGGUAACCUAUCAGUGAGGCUGCGAGUUGCACAUGGGAAAUUGUUACCUAACGCUUUGGUUUUUAAGAUUCUAAGUGAGAAAUAUAUUUUUCCUAAACCA